AUGGGAGAGCCAAACAGAAUCAGCAAUGGCUCUUCAUUAUCCACCGCUUCUACACCACCGUCACCACCCCCGCCACCAACCCCUGCACACAACACUCUUAUCCAGCCAUCAGCUACGAAAAAAAGACGAAAACCAAAAGUUUUCAGGGCUAUCAAAUCGGUUUUCCGAACGUUUCCGAUCAUGCCACCAACAUGCAAGUUCCCUAGCCUCCCCGGUGGUCGGUUGCCUGAUUCAGGUCAACGAGUAUGCGGCACACUUUUCGGGUACCGAAAAGGUCGGGUGAGCCUAUCCAUCCAAGAAAACCCUAGAACAUUACCUAGUUUAGUAAUUGAGCUAGGCAUGCAGACAAACGUGUUGCAGAAGGAAAUGAAUAAUGGGAUGGUUAGAAUUGCACUAGAAUGUGAAAAAAGAAUCGAAAAGGACAGAACAAAGCUAAUGGAUGAGCCAUUAUGGUCAUUUUUUUGUAAUUCAAAGAGUUAUGGUUAUGGGAGAAAGAGGGAGGCUACUGAUGAAGAUCUGCAUGUAAUGGAGCUUCUCAAGGCCGUUUCAAUGGGAGCCGGGGUUUUGCCAGCGGCAAAUUCAGAUAUGAACGGGCCUGAUAAUGAGAUGGCUUAUUUGAGGGCGCAUUUUGACCGUGUGGUAGGUUCCAGAGAUUCGGAAACUUUAUACAUGUUAAGCCCUGAUGGGAACAACGGCCCAGAGCUGAGUAUCUUCUUUGUAAGGAUAUGA